GCUGAGCUGUUCUGACCUCCUGGCUUUCUAGGCAAGGACCAGAGGAGAAGCAGCCAUGGGGAAGAAGCUGGACCUUUCCAAGCUCACGGAUGAGGAGGCCGCGCACGUCUGGGCGGUGGUUCAGCGGGACUUGGACCUCCGGAGGCGAGAAGAGGAAAGGCUGGCGGAGCUGAAGGACGAGCUUCGGAAGCAAGCAUCCCGGAGGGAGCUGCUGUGUGGCACUGCCCAGCUGAACGAGAGCCACUGCGCCCACUGCCUGCAGCCCCACGGGCGCCUCGCCGGCGGGCGGCGACAAUGCCAGGACUGCGGGCUCUUCGUCUGCAAGAGCUGCAGCCAGGCCCACCCCGAGGGGCCGGGCUGGCUCUGCGCCCCCUGCCACCUGGCCAGGGUGGCGCGGAUGGGCUCGCUGGGCUGGUACUACGAGCACGUGAGAGCCCGCUUCAAACGCUUUGGCAGUGCCAAGGUGGUCCGCUCCCUCUGCGGGCGGCGGCGGGCGGCAGGAGAGACGGAGCCAAGUCCUGGGGAGAGAAGCGGAGACAGCGAGCAGACAGACGAGGAGGGGGAGCUGCGCACCGAGGCCCAGGCCCCGGCUCUGGGCGGCAGACAAAGGCGCCUGCUCUCCUUCCAUGACCUGGACUGCGAGGAGGACUCGGACCAGGACACCCAGCCCUGGGGCGAUGCCCCGGGCCGGCCCGGGGACCCUGCCACGCCCCGCCGCCUGCAGCCCCUGUCAGGUGAGCCCUGCGCCGAGGACAGCGCCGCCCUGGAGGCCGAGGUGCCGGAGGAGGCGGCAGCCUCCAGCGACCGCCCGCAGGCAGAGGAGCUUCCGGACAGCCUGGAACCUUCCGGAGCGGAGGCACUUGCUGAGCCUGGAGACGCCCACGGGACAGCCCCGGGGGCUGCUGCCGGGCCCGGGACACGAGCCACGGGGAAGGGCCGGCCCCCCUCGCAGUACCUGGCCGACGUGGACACGUCUGAGGAGGACAGCCUCCAGGCUCCGAGGGCCCCCUCCCAGAAUUCCACGCGGAGAGCCCACGCCGCCGCCGCCGGUCAGAUCUCUGAGCUGAGAGAGCAGGUGUCCCUCGUGGAGCACCUGCGCACUCACCUGGAGAGCACUGCCGCCGUGCCUCCCCCGGCCCAGCACCCAGCCCCCGGAGCGCGCACGGAGGCCGACGUGGAGGAGGAGGCCCUGAGGCGGAGGCUGGAGGCGCUGACCCGCAGCAUCAGCGACCAGGGGCCCUCCACCGAGGAAGAGGACGGGAAGGCGGGGAGGCCGAGGUCGGUCCGGACGGAGCCCCGCCGGGCGCAGCCCCGCAGGUGUGUCCAGCGACGGGUCCCCACCGACGCGCGGGGAAGCAGCCCCCAGAGCCCUCGGGACGCUGUCCAGCCCGGCAGGACCGCGGAGGAGGCGCUGUCAGAGCUGGAGAGCAGAGUGGCCAAGGCGGCAUCCGCAGUCCAGCAGACGGAGAGCGAGGUUUCGGACAUCGAGUCCCGGAUUGCAGCUCUGAGGGCCGCGGGGCUCAAGGUGAAGCCCUCGGGAAAGGCCCGGAGGACGUCCAGCCUCCCGAUCUUUCUUCCUCGAGUUGCUGGGAAAAUUGGCAAGAGUCCACGGGCUCCGAACGCCGACCCUGCGGAUGAGGCCCAGGUGGCAGCCGGGCCCGGGCUCCUUCCGAGGAAGCAUGGCCCCACGAUGCCAGGCCAAGGCGAAGGUUCUUUUGGUCGGAAGUCAUUGUACCACGGCUCCCUCACCCAAAGGAACCCCCACGGGAGGAAGAUGGCCAGACACGUCUUUGCGAAGCCUGUGAUGGCGCAGCAGCCCGGAGGGCACGAUGCACAGGAGCCGGGCCGAGCGGCCGUGGCCACACAGCGCGCACCACCCCCUCCACGGGGCCACGGGGACCCCGACGCGCGCCGUGAGGACCCGGAGGGGCCGCCUGCCCGGGCGGAGGACCGCGCCCGCCGAGACGGCGUCAGCCGGGAGCGCAGCCCGGUGUGGGAGAGGGCGGGCGGGCGAGAACCUGUGCCCGCGGGCGGGGCGGGGAAACGAGGCACGGGGCCGGCAGGCCUCGCCCCACCGGCUCCGAGUCCACAGGCAGCCACGAGUACCGCGCCACCUCCCAAAAGUGCACUGUGCCCCCCCAAGGGCCCAGCAGCCCCCAAGCCUCCACCCCCAAAGCUCCACCACCCCCAAAGCUCCACCACCCCCAAAGCUCCACCACCCCCAAAGCUCCGCCACCCCCAAAGCUCCAUCACCCCAGGAGCUGCGGUGCUGCUGAAGAGUAUCCCCAGCACAGCCCGCCUUGCUGGCCCCAGCCGGACGGCAGCCCCCCCCUUGCCACUGCCUGAUCCCCGCCAGGUUGCACCCCACCCUCACCGGGGUCCUGGCUGGGUUGAAUAA